AUGGUCUCUGCUUUUCUUUUAUUAGCAAUCAUUCCUCUUUUCUCUGCUUUAGAUCCAAAGAAAUGGAUAGCAGAUGGCAUUGAUAAAGUUGGUCCAAAAUCACUUCAAAAUAUAACACUUCCAGGUACCCAAAAUAGUGGAACCUACGAUUUAACCGAAGUCCAAGUUCCAGGCCAAGCUAUUGAGCUUUGGCCUGCCAUUGACGUUGUGAUCAAGCCUUUUCACUUAAACAAAGAAAAGGAAAUGAUUAAAUGGUCCAGAGAUCAAGGCAUCCAAAUUAAAGACCAAUUGGAGAAAGGAAUCAGAUAUUUCGACUUUAAACUUGCAUUUAACUCGACCAUGAACAACUGGUUUGUCUAUAACAAUAUGUAUGGAACAGCCAUUCAGCCAAUGCUUCAGACAAUUGCUGAUUAUUUGAAAUCAUAUGACAAAGAAAUCGUGGUUGUCGAAUUGUCUCACUUUGCAGGAAGCUAUACCAAACUGAACUUGACUAACCUCCAAUCCACAGUUAAAAGCACAUUGGGAUCUUAUAUGUACCCAGUGAAUACAUCAUUCAACUUUACAGUCAAUGAUAUGAUCAAGGCCGGUAAGAGAGCUGUUGUGACCAUGGAGCUUGAAUAUGACGGAGUUAGUAUUUGGCCAGGCACAGCUAUUAAAACAACAAACCCUAAUGUUGAUAAAGAAUCAUUACUGAUAAAUGAAACAACUCCAAUUGUCGAAGAAUAUAACAGCAAGCUAUGGCCUGGUGUACUUUACAAGAUGUCAUGGGUACUUGAGCCUACUGCUGACACCAUAUUGCAUACUUUACUGCCUUGGGAAUCUCACACUGUGGAAGAUCUUUCUGAUCACUGCAAUAAGCAUCUAUAGAAUUUUCCCAUAGAUGGCGCAGUUUGCCCUUGAUUUGCCCAUUGGAAAAAUUUUUUGGUUUGACCAAACCAUAUGGUACUGGUCGAACCAAAAAAUUUUGCCAGUGGGCAAAUCAAGGGCAAACUGCGCCAUCUAUGGGAAAUUUCUAUACCUAAAUUCUGGGAAAAAUACGAGAAGACUCCAUAUUGGCGCAUGGGAAACAUCCUGGUAAUCGAUUUCAAUGAAAAAAGCGACAUCUUUGACGUAGUCAUGAGAAUGAACGGGAUAUCUUAA